CAUUUUUUUAUUCAAACUCAGUCGCUUGUUGACGGUUUAAACAACGAGUAUUCAAUAGUUUUCUGUUCGAUAUCAAUUAGUUCCUUAGUUAAAUUUAAGUAAUAUUUUAUAUUUAUUGUUUUUUAUGAAAUACGCUAGCAUAUAGUGCACGUGAAAUAGUUUUGAAUCGAUCGAUAUAUAAACACGCGAUGGGGUUGAAACGUCGUCAUCAGAAAAAGAAGCAUCAACAAUUCGAUCCACAAAAGGCUGUGAAAUUAGAUCAUAAGCGAAAAUGUUAUAUUAACGAUGAGCCACCCAGAUAUCCAUUGAUUGCAACACCUCGACAGUUACAGAAACGAUUUCAUUAUUACAGUGAAAGUGAAUCUGAAAUUGAAGAAAUAAACAGUGAGGAUGAGUCGAAUACUGAAUACAUAGAAUCCAGUACAGCCGAAGCCAAAGACUUAAUUUGCAUGAGCUCGAGCUGCAACGAUUCUGGCUUUAAAAGUGGUGGAACGGCUCCAGCAAAUCAAAAAAAUAUGUUGGAAACAUCUUUCACUUAUGCACAGUACCUUGCACAGCAUCAAACAGGCAAAAUUACUCCACCAGCAACCACACUACCUCAUUUCAAAAACUAUACAGUAAAUGAUUUUCACUUCUUAGCUGUGCUAGGAACGGGAGCUUUCGGUAAAGUUUAUCUGGCUGAGAUUUGCAACACUGAGUAUUACUACGCGGUGAAAUGUCUCAAAAAAGACGUUUUAAUUAGGGAUGAUAAUGUCGAUUGCACAUUUACUGAGCGCAAAGUUCUCACUCUGGGCACACAUCAUCCAUAUUUGUGUCACUUGUACUCUACAUUUCAAACAGAGAAUCAUCUAUUUUUUGUGAUGGAUUACUUGAUUGGUGGAGAUUUGAUGUUUCACAUUCAAGUAAACGGUCGCUUCAGCGAGAGCCAGGCAAAAUUUUUUGGUGCCGAAAUUGUUUCCGGAUUGAAAUUUUUACAUAAAAAAGGAAUUAUUUAUCGUGAUUUAAAAUUAGACAACAUUCUACUAGAUUUUGAUGGCCAUGUGAGAAUUUGUGAUUUCGGAUUGUGCAAACUAGAUAUUUACUUGGAUCGAACGGCCGAAAGCUUUUGUGGAACGCCUGAUUACAUUAGUCCAGAGAUUAUAAUGGGCCAAAAAUAUAAUCAAAGUACAGACUGGUGGUCAUUUGGUGUGCUUUUAUAUGAAAUGUUGGUGGGACAGUCGCCAUUUAGUGGUUGUGACGAAGACGCUUUAUUCUGGUCAAUUUGUAAUGAAAUUCCAUGGUAUCCAUUCUACAUAAGCGACUAUGCCUUGAACAUAUUAGGCAAAUUGUUGGACAAAAAAACGAAUACUCGAUUAGGUUCACCAACCAGUCCGCAUGGUGAAAUUACCGAAAAUGUCUUCUUCCAUGAAAUUGAUUGGAAAAAGUUGGAGCGUAGACAAUUGGAAUCACCUUUUAAGCCAGAAAUUGUAAGAAAAACUUUUAUGAAACAUCCAUUGGACACACAUUACUUCGAUCGAGCGUACACAAGAGAAAAGGUGCGAUUACCAUCAAUAAUAGAUCAAAUAAAGCCAUGGGAUCAGGAAAAAUUCAAAGAAUUCUCUUACACAAAUCCAAAUGUAUCAUAGCCUUAAUUUUUGUCUGAUUUAUUGAAAUAUAGAUGUUUUAUUCUGAGUGGCAAUAGCCAUUCACCAUUAUUAAA